GAUGAAGUGAAGAGGUAUCAUCGCUUCUGCAAUCAUAUUGAAGGGCAAGCAGUUCCCAAGGUGGAGAGAGGCCGUCCUCGUAGGAGUGAGGAAGAGGAUGACAAUAGCCCUCGUCGCCGUGAGCAACAAAACCAUCUGGAAAUCAAGGCUAUUGUGAUUCAGCGGGCUUGGCGUGCGUGCACAUCCCGCAGAGAGAGCUGGCAGGGACAAGGGGAGGACCGCGGCAGCCAGAGUCGGGGUGAGACAGUGCCUCCCGAGGGCCUCCAGGACCCUGUGGUGACCACCGGUAUUUCUCCGGAGCAGAUGAAGAGCCUCCAGAGUGGCUUCAAGCAUGUUCAUGAUGGGGGUUUCCAGCUGCUGAGUGAUCCUCUGACAAUGAAACUGGACAACAACAUCAAUAUCAACAUGCCGCCCAUUGAGACCAAGGUGUUGAUUAUCCAGCGGGCUUGGCGUGACUUCCUCCAGAGACAGGAAGUGGAGAAGAGGAGCCCCUCACCACCUUCCCUCUCCUCCUCUGACAAGAUGAGCAUGUCAAUCAGCAUGACAACCCUGUCAGAUGGCAGCACCCCGGUCCGCUACCGGAUGGGACCUCUUCCCUCCUCACACCGAGAGGAGACGGACGUGUCGGAGGCUCGGCUCCUGCGGCUGCGGCCUAAGAUACGUCGAGUACUCGACUCACACCAGGUCUGCUUCGGUCUUGCCUCGGGCUGCAACAUGCCAGGAGGCUAUCGACACCCCCGGCCGUGCGGCAUUGUUCCCGCCUUACCGCGCAAAAGCCUCCGCCGACGGCUUAGCACGCCAAGCUAG